AUGACCACGCUGGCUAGCAUGCACAGUCCCGCGCUGGCGGGCGCGGUGCGCAGCAGCGUCGAGGAGUUCUACUACCGGGGAUCGCCCAGCACGUGCGAGCAGCGGUGCAUCGCGCUGGACGGCGCGCGCGGCAACCAGGUGCUGCUGCCGGGGCCGGGCUCGGGGCCCGUGACCGCGGCACAGCGGCACGUGGAGAGCGACCUGAAACGCGCGCUAGACCGCUGCGCGUUCGGCGCCAGCACGGCGCUGGCAGCGACCACAACGCUUCCGCCACUGCGGCUAGCGCGGACGGGCUCCGUCACACCACACGGGUCCGUUUCGGGCCCGGGUGUCGGCUCGGGUUCCGGUUCGGGUACGAACUUGGCCCUGGUCCCAGGCCUUAGAGCGCGGGCCGAAUCCGCGUCCGGGUCGGUUUCCGCAUCCGGCUCGGACUACGAUUCUGCCGCGGGCCCGGUGUCCCCCGUGACCGCGGCUCUUUCCCCGGCAACGGCGCCGGCCGCGGGAGAAACUUCCGCGCCACGCCCUGCGUCGGCGAUGUCGUCGGCGACGACAUCGCGCCCCACGGGCAAGCGCGCGCGCUCGCCCAUCGAGCAGCGGAGGCGCUACGUGUGCAAGACCUGCGUCAAGGGCUUCACGACCAGCGGCCAUCUCGCGCGCCACAACCGGAUACACACGGGCGAGAAGAACCACGUGUGCCCGCACCCGGGGUGCGGGCAGCGGUUCAGCCGGCACGACAACUGCGUGCAGCACUACAAAACGCACCUGCGGCGGAACACGUGGCAGGACGACGCGGCAUGA